AUGGCAUCCUGCCGUAUCCCCGCCCUGCGGCACAUCAUCGCCUCUUCGGCGCGCACGUUCCGCGCCCAGAACCAGCGCCGCUGGGCCCAGGUCCACGACGUGCGCUUCCUCGCCACGACCCAACAACCCCGCGCCGUCGUCGAGAAGUACCGCGCCAAGCUCGAGCAGAAGGCCAAGGAGUCGGGCGUAUCGAACAUCGACGAGCUCAAGGCCGCAUACGCCGACAAGAUCCAAGAACAGAAGCAGAAGGACGCCAUCUCCGUCCCCGGGCUGGACGAGAUCCUCAACGACGAGCCCGCGUCGGCGAAGACGGGCUCCGCUACGACGACAUCACCGAACGGCGCGCAAAAGAACCCUCCCGUCCCCGGGUCCUCCUCCGGCAACGGCGUCAAGUCCCUCGACGAGAUCCUCGACCUCCCCAAGGCCCGCGAGCUGCCCGACAAGGAGCUGACGGCCAUCUGGCGCCUGCGCCACGCCUCCGACCCGACCUCGCUCUGCGCCGUGAUCCCGGCCUCGACGUUCCGCCCGAUGGAGGCCCUCGCGAGGGAGAACCCGCAGUUCGUGCUGCCCGUCCCGCACGAGUCUCAGGGCGCCGAGAUCCACUUCCUGCAGUGGGUGUUCGACCCGGCGUCCAAGACGGCGACGGUCAUGUUCACGCAGCUCGCCGAGUUCAAGGCGCGCGGCGAGUACGCGCAGCCGCACACGACGGUGACGCACCAUAUGGAUUUGGCGGACGAGAGGGGGCUUGUCCUGAUGCACGGCAAGCUGUCGGAGGACAGGGGCGUCAAGACGGAGCACGCGCAGUGGCUCGUCAUGUGCCUGCAGAGGUUCUACGGCGAGGCUGAGGGCAAGGAGAGGGCGGAGGAGAGGAAGAAGCUGCUGGAGUGGUUCCGGAUGGGCGAUCCGCGGUUUAGUGUUGAGAAGUUGAUGGAGGAGGCGGAGCGCAUUGGUUGA